AAGUAUAGCUUCGAGUAGAAUGAGGAACAUUGUUUUUCAGAUAUGUUUAGUGCAUGGCGAAGACAAUGUCUUUCACGUCGCAGGUGUUGAUUUAUAGCCUUUUUGGCUUGCUAUGUGUACAUUGUUUUAAAUCUGGAGUGUUAGGGAAUAAUCAUGGACCUUUUAAUUUUACAUGCCCGCAGUGGUAUUGUAAAAAUUACGGUAAAAUCAAGGCUAACCUAUCACCACAACGGGCAUACGGAUAUUACGAUCUGAUGGGUUGCGCAUGUGAUAAUGUUUGCUCUUUUUUUGGAGACUGCUGUCCGGAUUUUUCACCAUCCAUAAGCCAAAGGAACUACCCAAGCUGGUUAAAUGAAAAAUCAAAAGACUACUUUUCCUGUCUAAAAAUCAAUUAUAUUUCAACUCUCGAUCAUGUGUACAUCAUAAACAAGUGCCCAGAUUCGUGGCCGGUAACAAAAUAUAAACGUUUGUGUAACGUAAACGAAGACGUCGAAGGCGAUUGGUUUCUUGAUAUCCCGGUUACAGGUGCUAAAUCUGGCGUCCUUUACCGUAAUAUUUACUGUGCUGCAUGCAAUCAAGAGGAGUAUAUUGCAUGGUCUGCACACAUCAGUUGCUAUGGAAACGAAAACGUGGCAAUCAGCGAAGUAUCGCUAAGUGAAAUGGUGCAAAACCCGGCGUGCACGGUUAAAUAUGAGCCGCCUUUUGGGUACUCCCUGCAGUACCGCCCCUGUCCACCGGCGGUCAUCAGCACGUGCAGGUACCCGGAUAGGGUGUCGCAGCGCGUGAAGACAGAAUGCACGAGACAAAGGAACAUCACUCUGGUGCACAGGUUCUACUACUCUUUUAAAAACCAGUACUGUGCAAUGUGUUUUGUCGGGAACAUGAAUUUUGUCAAGUGCGAAAAGCACUUAGGCACACCAUCGAUAUCGUUGCCUAGUCAACCAUACUCCUACUCCAUCCUACUGGACCUAAACACAGGCCUGGCCCACACUAAAGUAGGGCAAAAGACGGCGACGAAAUCCAUGUAUCAACAAGACGUGUGUGAAGAUGAUGCUAUAUUUGACCCGUUCACGUGCUCCUGUCGGGAAGUCACGUGUCCAGACGGGAUGAAAUACCAAAACAAAUCUUGCACUGCUACAGAAUUCAAGCAUAAUCUUACAUCAAGUAAAUGUCCUUUAGUCAAACUCAACAAAUCGGAAUUCGAAAUGAACUCGACACAUAUUAAUCUAUUCCAAAGUAAAUUAAUUAUCUCAAAAACAAACAUCUACAUAAUUUUAUCUGAAUCAGAUGUUUAUGUGUGCGCUGACGCAUUGAACGUGUCAAGUUUUCUUGAAACAAAAACACUGUUUUCUUACAGUAGGGCGCAAAGUAUCGUCAGUGCGUGCGGGAUGUGUGUUUCCAUCAUUACACUGACCAUAACAGCUUCUCUAUACAUAGCGGCGAGGAAGACGCACUCGAUCCCUGAUAAAAACAUCAUGUCGUUAAUCCUGGCUUUAUUCCUCGCUAAUUCACUUCUGCUGUUCGGGGCUUUGGCCACUCCUGUACCAAUGCUUUGUAAAAUCAUGGCUUUCUGCACUCAUUAUGGUUUUCUAGCUGUUUUCUCGUGGAUGAACGUGAUGGCUUUGGAUAUGUGGAUAACAUUUUCUUCAGGAUUACACGCGCAAGAGCGUUCAUCUAAACGCUACGUUUUCUAUAACAUAUUUGGCUGGUUCUUUCCUGGCAUCAUUGUAGCUACUUGCUUGGCCCUUGACUUCCUACAACCUGGCAACAUGGUUAGUCCAAGUUACGGAGAAACCGUGUGUUGGAUAAAUUCUAAAUAUAGCUUGCUUCUCUUUUUCGUUAUUCCCUUGGCGGCUAUUCUCCUAAUUAACCUGGUUUUAUUCGUACUAACGGCUAGAAACAUCUACCUAACAAAGCAAAUGUCCGAAACCUAUGAUUCAAACGGCUCUAAACACCGAAACAUGAUAAUCAUCAACUUAAAACUGACCAUUAUCAUAGGAUUAACGUGGUCAGUGGGGUUUGUUACAAUGUUCUGCAGUUCAGAAAUUGUAACAUUCAUCUUCAUUAUCAUCAACUCCCUGCAAGGUUUUUUUGUUGGUAUCUCGUGCCUGUUCUCAGGAAAAUUCAGACAGCUGGUCAGCGAGAAAUGUGCCGUAUUCUCUCGGACCGGGAUGAAGAUUUCAUUUCACGCCGCGCGUAGGGCGAGGGCGCACACCGAGGGUAGGAUGGAGAACGAGUGCGCCACCAGGAAAAAGCUAUCCACCAGCUCCACUAGUUCCACCUCUGCCACUACGAGCCAGUCAGAAACGCCAACAAUUACGUCCACUAUCACCGCUACCGAUCAAGAAAGUAACGCUGGGUUGUAA